UAGCCACACUAAGUGUGUUGGACAGGACAGAAAGACGAGGCAAAAUAACAGCAGCAUCGUACGAGGGCAAACAUGGCACGAUAUAGCGGACAAUAAGCGGGCGAUAAGCAGACAAAACUUGAUUUUCUGGAGGAAUAAGCGCUAGCACUUACCGCACUAAAAACGCACGAAAGUUCAAUGAGAAGUUGAACCGUUCACGUUAAGGCUUUGUGCACAAAUUACGUUACGUAACAAAAUAAUUAUAUAAAAAAUCAAAGUCGGAUACGCAAUUUGCAUAAAUAUAAUGUCUAGUCACGCGUUACUUGUUGUUACAUGAGGUGGGUCGGCGGUUCAAAAUAUGUACCGAUUUUUGCACUACGCAAUUUUUGCAUAAAGCCUAAGCUGCCGUUAUACGCAUAUUUGUCCCAUGUACAUAGGAAUCCCAGCAAACAUGGGACAAAUAUGCGUAUGACGGCAGUAAGGGCCACGUGAAAGGACAUAAACGGGAAUCUUCAUACGAACCAGCGUGCGGCAGUAUUACGAAGAGUACCUGGAUGGCGAUAUGGCAGACAAACAAUGGCGUACGGUGCCGAACCUGAGAACACGCCCGCAGGACAAUCGUUCUCCAGCUCCGGACCUCCCAGAAAACCAGGAGAUGAUUGGCCGGUUGAAAUGCAGCCUCUUAAAAGGAGGCUUCCGAGGACGCAGAAGUUCGAGACACGUGCGGAUUUUGCGCCCGAACAUGACCUCGGAUGGCGACUUCUGGUCGGGAAGAGCACGGUUCUACUUUGGUACUUUGGUGUCCACGAAUCUUUCCGCUUGGCCAUUGGACUGUGGAUGGGACGGAGCCGUCGUGAGAUGUUCGAUGCCGUUGGUGAUGCAGAAAUCCGCAAACUCGGCGCUGGUGAACUGGGAACCGUUGUCGCUGACCAGUGUAGCAGGCAUACCCAGCCGAGAAAACAAAGGAUGCCCUAGUAGCA